AUGAAAUUUGGAACAUGGAACGUUACGUCUAUUGCUGGAAAGGAGUGUGAGGUGGUCGAGGAGAUGGAGAAAUAUGGAUUGAAAUUGAUGGGCAUUAGUGAAACCAAAAAGAAAGGAUGUGGUGAGAUGGCUUUAGAUAAGGGAUACACAUUUCUAUAUUCAGGGGUGGAAAUGAAAGAUAGAGCAAAGGAAGGAGUGGGCAUUAUACUAAGUGAUGAGUGCCAAAGAAAAAUGGUGAGCUGGACGGCAGUAAACUCUAGAAUUAUUUCUGCAGAUUUAGAGUUUGCUGAAAGGGUGUCACUAAUACAAAUAUAUGCUCCCACAGAUGACUCGGCUGAACUAGAGAAAGAGACAUUUUACUCAGCCUUACAGGAAACAGUUGAUAAGGCCCGACAGUAUGCAAAGCACAUAAUAAUCAUGGGUGACUGGAAUGCGAGGGUAGGCAAUGAUAUCACAAUAGGACAUGGAUGCCUGGGAAAGCAUGGAGCAGAGUCGGUACUAAAUGGUAGUGGCAAGAGAAUGCUGGAGUUCUGUGUGGAUAACGAUCUGUUAGUUGGAAAUUCCUUCUUCCCCCAUAAAAGUAUCCAUAAAAUCACAUUCGAAUCACCCAACAGAGGAGUCAAAAGUGCAAUUGACUAUUUUGUAUACUCAAGGCACUUCAGAUAUGCGGUAACGGAUGUGAGGGUGUACAGGAGUGCGGAGCUCAGUACAGAGCACAAACUAUUGAUUAUGGACACACAAAUUAGACCUCCAAAGAAGUAUAAAUCUGUCAAGUAUGAGAAAAUAAAGAUAAUGGAAUUGAAGAAGGCAGAGAACAGAAGAGAAUAUCAAAGGCUGAUAACUGAGGAGCUCUUGAGGAAGGAGGAAGAAAUUGAUGGAAGCUCAGAAGAAAAUAUUGAGAAGAGAUGGUGCCUACUGAAGAAGUCGCUGUUGAGAGUUGCAGAGGAAGUGUGUGGAAAGACAGUAGUGGGAGAGCAUGUAAAAAGAACCAAGUGGUGGAACGAUUUGGUGAAAGAGAAGGUUCGACUGAAGAAGGAGGCAUGGAAAAAGUUUCUCAGAACUAAAAAUGCAGAUGAUUGGACUGAAUAUGUACAAAGACGAAGAGAAUCCAAACAAGAAGUAAGAAAGGCUAAGUUGGAGUCAUGGGAGGAGUUUGGAAGGGUAAUUGAGGAAAACAGUCAAGCAAUGAGUAAUAAAUUUUGGCACACAGUUCGAGCCCUACGAGGGAAGUAUGGAAAGCGUGUGAGAAGUGUGAUUGAUGAGGAGGGAAGGGUGAAAUCAGAACUGAAAGAUGUAUUGCAGGUGUGGAGAAAUUACUAUGAAAAGGCAUUUCAGGAGGAGGUAAGACCUAUUGAUGGUGCUAAUGAAGAAGAUCAAGUAGAAGAGCAAAUGCAGAUAUCCUUUCAAGAAGUUCAAAAUGCCAUAGAGUGCAUGAAAUUGGGAAAAGCAGCUGGAUAUGAUGGUAUAACACCCGAACUCAUUAAAUAUGGAGGGGAAAGAGUAGCUAACUGGAUAUGGAAGUUGUGUAAAGAUGUCUGGCAGUAUGCCAAAAUUCCAUCAGAAUGGGAGAAAAAUGUGAUUGUUCCCAUACAUAAAAAAGGUAGUUCAGUUCAAUGUGAGAACUACAGAGCCAUAUGCUUAUCAUCAGUAGUAUUGAAGAUCUAUUCCCGGAUACUAGAAAGACGACUUAGAGUAGAGGUGGAGGAGGGACUGGAGGAGGAACAGGCGGCGUUUAGAAGAGAUCGUCAGACCAGUGAUCAUAUAUUUACUAUCAGACAAGUCAUGGACAAAAGACUGAGCCGCGCUGGUGACACCUACUUGGCCUUCCUGGAUUUGAAAGCAGCAUUUGACACUGUUCCUAGAGAGUACCUGUGGUCAGCCUUGAGGGAGGCGGGGGCAUCUUAUGAAAUAAUGAAAAGGAUCAAGAGCCUGUACAAGAAUGUAACCGGAGUUGUGAGAAUAGGAGGUGCUGUGUCUGGAGAGUUUAAAAUGGAUAAGGGCGUCAAGCAGGGAGACAGCCUCAGCCCUCUGUUAUUCAUAGUGCUGAUGGACCAAAUAUUGAAAAUAUGUAAAAGAAGAACAAGUAGAAGUAAAGUCGGAAAUCAUCAGCUCCGUCCUGUGUAUGUUCAAGCACUUAUCUAUGCGGAUGACAUUGCAUUGAUAUCAACAAACAAAAGAGACCUUCAGAAUUCUGUCACGGAAUGGUGUAGUGCAAUAAGAGACAAGGGAAUGAUAGUAAAUACAGAUAAGAGUAAGGUAAUGGUGAUAUCUAAGAUGCAGGGAAAUGCAGAAAUGGAAAUAAAGUGGAAUGGAAAAUCUAUGGAAAGAGUGAAUAACUUUGAAUAUUUGGGAACGGUCAUUUCCACAGAUGGAAAGGUUGAUGAAGAAAUCAAUAAUAGGGUAAGGAAAGCUAACCAGGUAUACUACCAAAUAAGCAGGACACUACUUGGGAAAAGAGAGAUAAGUCAGGGAACAAAAAUGAAAAUCUAUCAAGCAGUUUUUAAGCCCAUCCUAAUGUAUGGAACAGAAUGCCUGACACUCCUAGAUAAGCAUAAAAGUAGAAUUACCUCCUCAGAAAUGAGAUAUUUAAGAAAAGUCGUUGGAAAGACAAGGAGAGACAGAGUGAGAAAUGGAGUGAUCAGAGAUACUCUAAAGGAGGAAGAGCUGAUCAUUUCUGUCCAACGAAAAGCUUUAGGUUGGUAUGGACAUGUCACACGAAUGAGGGAGGAAAGAAAAGCAAGGAUGGUAAUGGAAGCAAGACCGGAGGGACGUCGAGGCAGGGGACGACCACGGAUGGAAUGGAGCGAGUAUGUGGCGAGUAUCGCGGCUGGAAAGGGAAAGACAAUGACGGACGUUAGGAGGAUGGCCCAGGAUAGAGUGCAAUAUAAGAAAUGGCUGGAGGCACCCGACGCUUAG